AUAAAUAAUUGGAGUGCCAACUUCACCUUCAUAAUUAACAUGGCGAAAAAGUAUAUGAAAGGGGUAGAAACGUACAUUCAUAAACGCACACCUCACUCCAAAAUUGGAAAACCAUGUUCCAAAACCACAAGCAGCACAGCCAAAGCCUCUAGUUUUAUUGAGCACUUACCUAUAUAUAACAAUAGAUGCGAUCAUCCAUCCUAAGUAAUUCAACCAACAUAAAAACCAAGUCUUUGUAAAAGCAUUAGCCUUCUUAAGCAAAUUAAACCUUCACAAACUUAGCCUAAAAGUUUAAAGAAUCAAGAUUGAAAAAUGAGUUCAACAAGCAGGGCAUGGGUUACAGCAGUGAGCUUGGGAGUAGUAGAGGCACUAAAAGAUCAAGGAGUUUGUAGGUGGAACCACACCAUCAGAGCCGUACAUCAACACGCCAAGAACAAUUUACGGUCAUAUUCACAAGCCAAGAAGCUCUCUUCUCAAUCUUCUUCAUUGGUUUCUACAAACAAAUUAGAAUUGAAGGAGAAGGUGGAGAAAUCUGAAGAGUCUCUUAGGAAAGUUAUGUAUUUGAGCUGUUGGGGUCCCAAUUGAAUUCCAACAAUUAAAUUUUCUGCUAUUUUUAUGUACAUAAAUAUAAUUCCUUGAGAAUUGAGGACAUGAAAGGCCAACCGGAUGUAUGAUUGAAGAAGUAACUUCUAGAACUUGAGGCUCAAUUGCCUUGUCAAUAUUAAUAGAACUUUUUCUAGUCCA